CAAUUACUUAUGUUUGCCAGAAGCCCUAUCCGGUUUAACUAUCAGGUAAGGUUUUCUUGACGGCGCAUGCGCUAUUCGGUCUCCGGUGUGAAGAUAGCCUUAAAAGGGAUCUUACAAUCUGACAACGGCGACGUGCAUGAAAUCGUCUUUAGAAAAACAGAUUUCGCAUCCUUUCAAACGGUUUCGCGAUUGUCUACAGUUGCUCAGAUACUUAAAAGAAGGGAAUAUAGGUUGGAUGUGAAGAAAGGGGGACGCGUCAGAAUUCGAGCAGGGAUGGUAGAAUUUAUCGCCUUGUCGUUCCCUGUCUCAAGUAAAAUUAAUUUUUGGCCAUUUCACGUUGUAGUUGUGCAGGGACGGCAAAGAAAUUGAUGAUGCACGUGCAGAGUUGUUGUUUUGCUCAUUAAAUCUAUUGCUGCUUUGACGUUCCGGUUGCCGUUGUCGUCGCAUUAGGGACCUUAAGAUCCGACGACGGCGACGGCAACGGGAACGCCACAAAAGCGAUAGGUUUAAUUAGCAAAACAACAAUUUUGCACGUGCAUCACGCUUUUUUGUACAUUUCUUUGCCGUCACUGCACGACUACGACGUGAAAAUGCCUAAUUUCACGAUGUACAGAGGAAGUACACAAGCGACUACGAAACUUCCUCUCUCUUUCUGAACUUGAAUAUGGUUCUUAGGAAUUCAACUUUGGGAGGGUUCGCCUACAUUUCACAAAGUUAGUGACUUGGAGAAAUCGCGAUGAAGAUUGAAAGAACGGGAAUUCACUUUUAAGCGACGCUUUCUCUGCCGUCGCCGUCCUCGGAUCUUAAGGUCCCUAUUUUCGUAACUCCAGGCGUAACUGGUCCCUGAUCACGCUUCAGAGAUCGUCGGCCUACCAACAGAGAUCUAUAGGCGUCAGUUGCAGGUCGUCAUUUUAUUUGCAAACCAUAAUACCGACUCGUUUAUUGUUAUUUUUACUUUUAGGGGUGGAAGUUGAUCUAAGGAAGUUUAUAGAACAAUCAAAGAAUCCCAAAGGAAAAAGGUGGAAUGUCGACGAUAUUGUAAAUAUGGUCACCGCUGAGAACUUGUGCUCCUGCCGAGACCCCAUAAACAUGGCUUUUCAGGUACAUAAGCAGAUAUAUGUUGUUUUUCAGUAGUGUCUCAUGAAGAGAGCUCACAUAUAGACAGCCUCGACGCGCACAGUUUAUUCUAUAAAGUUUUGUUUUACAAGAUCGCUUUGGAGGAGGAAGGCUAGAACGGUCAUUUUGAGAAACUACUUGUGAAUGUCAAUAAACACAGCAUCGUGUCAAGCAAACAUGUCUCCCAAGCAUUAUAUCAAACGUGGAUCAAUGUAGGUUUCUGGGAAAAUGCCCACUUACUCCUCCCCUAAGCCGACAUUAACACUUACUUCUCGUUUUCAAGCAAAUGCAAAGAACUAUGUAUGACUAAAAGAGGUGUUACACCUGACUUCCCGCCUCAAUGUGGCAUAGAAAAGAGUGACAGUUUCACUUUAUUAGGUGUCACAUUACAAAACGACUGUAAGUUUUCAUCUCUUGUUAAGGGAAAGCUUCGAGAAGCAAACAAGUGUUUGUACAUUUUAAGAUCACUAAGAAAAGAUGGAUACACGUAGAUAGAGAUAGAUCAUCUCUUUAAGGUUAUUGUUCUGCCAAAGAUCACAUACGCACUUCCGGCAUAUGGAGCCAGCCAGAUAGAUUUAAACACUAUAGAAUGCUUUUUAAAAAGGUGCAAUAAGCGACGUUACACUUAUGAGUUAAUUAAUAUCUAUGACCUUUUAGAGAAGUGUGACCACAGGUUGUUCACCAAAAUUAAGAACAAUGUUAACCAUCCAUUAUAGAACGUUUUAAGAAUUGCUAUUUUAAUAGAAUAAGGUUUCAAUACAACUUGGCAAUUUAACAAAAUAAAUAUCCAAUGUUUUAUUUAGGUUUUAUAUAAUAAUUGUAAAUGAUCUGUGUGAUUUUCAUGAUUUGUAUACUUUUACUCUCUGUAACGUUUGUUAUGUAUUUUAACGGGCGAAAUAAAGACAGUUAUUAUUAUUAUUAUUAUUAUUAUUAUUAUUAUUAUUACUACUACUACUAUUGGGGCAAAUUGUUGGCUUAGGGGAGGGGUAGGUGGGCAGUUUCCCAGAAACCUAAGUUGAUCCUAAAACGUUAGAAACAACAACAACCGUCUUUGAAAAAGGUCAGUUUCAAAAACCACAAUUGCAAUCCGUUUUAAUCUUCUUCGAGUUUGUCCGUCCUUGCCUCUUUUGGUAUUAUUUUACAGUGUUAUUUAUACCUUUUUUCUUUCAUGUUUUGACCGAUUAAUUUUAAGCUUUACUCAGUUUGUGGGUGUUCCUAUGCGCUGUUUGAAUUUUGAAAAUUUUCGUGAGACAGCUGCUUUGUUACCUUUGAUACCCAAUUUCCAUGGUCAAGCGAUGGUCGUAUUGACGGGUUCCACUGUAAACUAAUGUAUGAUCUUGAACGAUAAUCUCCUUUUAGAAGGUAAACUGCGCACUACAACGCUCUGCUAUGAAAUACUCGGAGAACACAGUCUUACUCAACAAGCUUGCAGAGCAGACUGAAGACUUUGCAGUGCAAUUAAUAGAUCAAGUCUCUGUCAGCGAGGAACUGGUUAUUCGCAAUAAACCUGACGAAUCACAUCGUUACGCUUCUCUGCUGAGUCCCAUGACUGAUGAUGCAAUCAAAUACUCCCAAAAGAAGGUAGGGGUUUGACCUCAAUCAUUCAGAUGGAUAGCCACAGCCUUUCUUCCUAUCAUCCCUUGCGCGCUUUCUUCUCUAUUUCCAGGCUCCUUGCGAAACAUAGAACAUAGAAGCCUCUCGGAGUAGAGAUUCCCCAUAGAUCCAAUGUAAAAAUGGCCACGGUAGUUUCAUAUUCUUUUGGUUUUACUAGCCUCCUUAUGUACAAAUUCGAAAAAAAAAUACCUUACUCAAGCGAGGCUAUUCAGGCUAAUCUUAAUCUAAACAAAAGGAUAUUAAUCCCACAGCCAUUUUUUCAUUGGGUCCAUGCUGAUCUACAGUUUAAAUAGCGGUAUCAUGUUAUUUUGAAGCCCCUUGCAAACGGACGCAACAUUCUUGGUCAACGACUCCCAAAAUUGUUGGAUCUCAAGUGACUGUUGCGUCCGUUAGCACACCUUGUUUCAUGUUAUUGCAGCAAGGUGGGAGUUGUUGCAUCCGUUUGCACACCCAUGCCAACACGGACGCAACAACUCUCACAUUCUAGGGCCAACAAUGUUGGGAGUUGUUGCGUCCUUUUGCACGUAGCUUGAGUCACUAAAGAUCCCGAUCCCCGAUUCAUCGCCAACCUCCACACCGUUGGGUUCUGGUUGAAUAAGACACCGUUUUUUCAAGACGCUGAAAGGUAAAAUUGUAGACCCUGAAAGCCAUACCAGCCCUGUUUAACGGCAAAUAUCAUUUUAGGCGAAAUAAGGAUAUGCCCCUCCCUCCUCCGUUCAUGCUUUUAGGUUAAUCGAUGUGAAAGCCCUUAUCUUUCCCUGAGGAGCGUUAAAUCAAUUUCUGUCUCUUUUUAAAUCGAUUUACAGUUUGUAUCCCACCCAUUAUUGCACAAAAGGCUCGAAAUGAGAUGGAAACAUGGAUUGCCAGAAGUUUUGAAGCUUUACUCUGUGCUCCUGUGGUUGGUGGUCCUUAUAGACACGGCUUUGACUCCAUUUGUUCUUCCACUAGUAAUCUUUGCCUUCUAUAGGGACCAAAAGGAGGUAGAAUGAUAUUUUCCCUUUACUACUAUUAUUGCCUAGGCGUUUGUGCGUUUUAGCUACUCUAAUACCCACGUUUGUAUUCAGUGCCAUGAAUAAUUCAGCUUCACACAAGUCAUGAUGAUUCCUAAUUUGUGAUUAGUAGAUUCGGUGGGCAAAUCAGAGAUGGUAGGGAAAUUCUAGCCAUACAGGCUACAGUUUUCCCAAAGGUUUUCCCUAGUAAUGAUAUUUGACAUAAUUUAUCUGGGGAAAGUGAGUCACACCAAAAUAUAAUUCAGUCCAGGUUUAGGGCCAACUCUCGUCAAGCUUUCAUCAUCUCUAUUGUCAAAUGGUAGUUGUAAUACAAUAAGUAUAUUACUAAUAUGUCUUGUUACAGUGUCGAAGACGUUUAGCAAAGGCCAAGAUACAGAGGCAGAAACAAUCCGCACCCAGUUUAUAUAGCAAAGCGUCGAUAUCAAAGGAGAACAGUGAGAACAAUGGGCGCAAGGAGAGGGCUGUGAAUUCUGAUACACCUCCUGCUAUACCUUUAAAAACCCGUAUUACCAAAUCACUGGCUCAUUUCUCAGGUAUAAGAUUCGGCGAUUAUUACAAUGAUUUUUGUUUCUUGAUAGACUCGGUGUAAAAUUAUGCUUUUGUAAGAAGCUUUAAGUCUUCUUGUACUUGCUCUAAAUUUAAUCUUUUUUUUCUCAGACGGGUACUAUGCUUACUGUACGUCACCUUGCGUCACGUUUUUAAAGGAAAAGCUUGGCCAGUGGGCGUUCAUUGUCCUUCACUGCCGUGUUUGCCUUUCCCCAUCUACCGUUACACCUAUGGUGGAUGAAUACUUGAUUUUUGUCUUCUUUUGUGGCAUGGCACUCAACGAAUAUCAACAAUACAAAAAAUCCCCCCGGAAGUACUUCAAGUAAGAUAAAUUGUAUUGUCAGUGUUCUAAAUAACAAUAACCUUUCACCCAUAUGGGAAAGCAUAAUCAUACUUGCGUGAUCAAUUCAUAAAAACAAAUUAAACUAACUGUACUUGCACGAGGCAUUUCUAGGACUAACCAAACAAAGUAAAAGAGUUAUAACCAAGAAACAACAAGACCCGGCAUGAUUAGAGCUAAUAACUAGAAGAUGAUACAGAGAGCGUUGGCUCGUUCUUUUUUCAGGCUCAAUUUCUGCCGUCGUCACUAGGGUCCGGUCUUGUUUCUCGAUUUCCACGCCGCUCUUCCGAGAAGGAUCGUGGACUCUUUUAUCGAACAGUGGCUUGUAAUAGAGGCUACUACCCUUUUUGGGGCUUGUCAGUGUAUCCCUGGUACGAACAUAACCAAUGAGAGUGAGUGAAAUCACCCUAAGUCAUGGAUGUUGUUACUUUGAUCCAUUCCAGGAAGAGCCAUAUCCUUGAAUUCUAAGUCAGGGGCGGAUCCAGGAUUUCUUUUAGGAGGGGGUGCACUCGUCUCUUGCUCUACACCAAUAAACCACAUAGUUUUUUUUUUUUGCAGAAUACCAGUUGUAUUAGAAAACCGCAGGUAAUCUCAGGGGAGGGUGCGCACCCCCUGCACCCUCCCCCUAGAUCCGCCACUGUAAGUCAUCCCACGUACUACGUUCUUGUGGCCUAAAAAAGUUAUAUAAUGUAAACUAAACAAUGCCGAAUACUGUUGUACAAGGAACGGGGGAUGACCAAUACCAAUUGCUUUUCUUACGAUCAACGUGUUUCUAUCUCUUUGCCUUUUUCGGAGGACCUGCCUUGAAACCAAUUAAUGUGAUGGGAGUUUCCUCCAUCAACAGUUUUCUCAUUCUUCUUAUUAAAUAUCAGUACUAGUCUAUCUUGGUAAAGGAUGCCAAGAGCGUCGAUAAAAUGGCCUUUUUGUUUGUCACAUAUUCGUCCCUGUUGUUACAUUUCACAUCAUAGGGCAGAGGCUUUAUCGACCAGUUCAGAGAGAGAUGCAUGUGUACUGUCCUCUUUUCUUGCUUUGUCUUGGCAGGGACAUGUGGAACUAUUUGGACGUUAUAGUUGAAAUCAUGUACGUCUUCAUAGUUAUCCUUCGAAUCACGACUAUUGCCCGUGGUGGAAUUCCGUACAACAACCGUUUGUUGGAGAUUAGCAACUACCUUUACGGUAUUAACACUUUAUUGAUGGUUCUUCGUGUUUCCAGCAUUCUUGAACUGAGUCCAACAAUAGGUCCACUCCAAUUGGCCUUAUACCGCAUGUGUGGAGAUUUGCUGAUUAUUGUCAGCCAGUAUUGUUUCGUCAUCUUGGGAUUCUCUAUGGCUAUAACAAAGAGCUACAAAGCAGAGCUGUCCUAUUUAACUCCACCAAGUUAUUCUGGAGAAUCCGUGGGAAAAUCUAUGGAGUGAGUUUGUUUUUGGUCUUUACACCGUUAUCAUUAUACUCUAAACAAACAUUUUCUUGUAUUACUAGGAAGCAACCCCCGGGAUACUGAGCGGUACCAAUAUCUUGUGGGAACCAAGUCUUACCUAGUACAACCAGUAUCAUGUGUAGAACCGAGUUAAGUGAAAUUACCUUGUUGUCGUCUUGUCUUCUAUCCAAUUUCAGUCACUAUCGAUUUAUUUUUUUUAGUUUUAGAAAGGCAGCUACUCUGCUCAUGUGGUCUGUAUUUGAACAAACGGAUUUGAAGGAAUGGCGAUCCAGCUCCCUUGAGACAUCUGAUUAUGUGUCAGCCCUGUUUCUCAUUUAUCUCGUUUUUUCCGUCAUCAUGUUGGUGAAUAUGCUGAUCGCUUUGCUGACAAAAACGUACGACAAUAUCACGGUGAGCCGAUAAUAACUUAGUUCUUUUAAACUCAAGUAUAUUAUUCAGGUACUUACUGUCAAACUAAUAAGAAUGUGAAUACUUGAAAUAUUUUGGGAAUAUUUAUUGUGUUAUGGCCAAUCACAGCGAAGAUCAGGACAUGCGUACAAGCCACAAAACCAGCCCUUUGCCGUAUUGCCAUCCCUGCAUUCAGUUUUCUUUUAAUCUCCGCAAGCUAAUUAGUUUAGUUUAGCUUUCAAAGGCCUGAUUGACUGUUCGGCCUUUAACAACACAAUAACUCCAGAGAUUUUUCUGGUGUUUACGGUUUUGCGAGUUUCACACUAAGCUGUCAGACGGAAUCUGUUAAAUUAUCAGUGCAAGCUGUAUAAUAACAGCAACAUUUUUUAAAACAUUGUUCAAAGAAGUCAUCAAUCAAAAUGUAAUUGACUUAAGCGAUGCGUGAGGUCUUUACCCAUACGAAGUAUUAAUAUAAUGUUACCGUCGUGCGCGAAUGCGGGCGAAGGACCCGAACAUCCGUAACGAGCUCUCAAUCUUUUGUGCCUAAAAAAUGCAGGACUUCUACCUUUCAGAAAUCUUUUUUUAUUAGUAGAUUUGACCUAGAUAAUGUUACUAUUGAGAAUUUUAAAUCUGUUCUUUACGGUUAUUACUCGCGGGCUCUAGCAAUAAACUAUGACCCGGACUUUCCAAGGAGCUUCAAAACUAUUUGCUUGAAGUGUAACACAGCCAGGUUCUUAGACCAAGAAAUUAGCUGCUGCAUGUGAUUUCAGUUGCUACUUUUAUAUUUUUUAUUUUGGGUCCGCAGUAAUUGGCUUUAGCUGUUGCGGUGUCCCUGUCCAAAUUAUUUAAGUUAUUAUUAGUGUAUUGUUACGUUCUUAUUACUAGUAUUUACAUAUCUUCAGGUUUUUUGUAUUCAUCAUGGCAAAGCUAAUAAAAUAAAAUAAAAUAAAAUAAAAUAAAGUGGCCGUACUGUAACAGAUUGCUCAAAAUUCGCGACCAGCUGGUAUCAACCCUCCUAACUUCUCUUAACACCACCCGAUAGCCUUUUUCUCACCCUGCCUCGCAACUGUACUCCUGUUUAGUGUAUAUGGUUCUAGUGUUCUCUGGUCUCGAACAGUGAUGUCCUUGGUGGUUUAGUUUGUGAUAGCACACAAAUCAAGAUAAAAGAAUUCAACGUGGAUGACUGAAUCCAAAAGUGCGCACAGAAAAUCAUUUGUCAGAGAUCAACUCACCUUUUGCAGUAAAGAACCUGGGAACCUGCAUCCUAGGGUGGAAUCUAUUGCGUUUCUCUAAUUUUUUUGUGAUUACCCUUACCUCCUUAAAGAGGUAAUAAGCCCACACCGUGUACAAAAUGUCUCGAAAACAAAGUCGACAGUGGCCCAAGAUCAGAAGCUUUGUGGUUAAGCUAGUCCAUACGUCUAGCACGUAUAUUCCAGAGGCAUGCAAUCAUUAUUCUCGCAAGGUGAGAUAUAUACGCAAAGGAUCCAGCUGGGUAUCCUCAAGAUCCUAGAAUCACUUCUUCAAACCAAGGAAAUUGGGUUUAAGAGACUGGGGAUCGAUAAUACCAGCUACCCAGAUUUUGAGACAACUAUAAAGACUGCUGAAUUUGCUGCCUUUACUCAAGAACCUCACACACUGACAAAACAAACGAAAUGUUUGCUUAAAAUAAAUUCUUCUUCAUUAUUGAUGCAGACGAAACGUUAUUUUAUUUUUGUAUUAUUUUUUCUUAGAAUAAUAAGGAAGUUGAGUGGAAAUUUUCACGCGCUGUUGUUGAAAACCAGUACAGGGGUAUGCACUCCAUGGCUGUGCCAUUUAAUCUCCUUUCGGUACCUUUACAAAUGAUGUAUUGGCUAGGAAGAAUCAAAGAUGCGAGAAAACAGGUGAUCUCUAUGAUAAUCUUUCAGAAUCGUUACUUUUUUUCUGAGGUACGGAAUUUCGUGCUCUAAAAGCCAUUUACUUUUUGCAACGGUCUUUUAUUGUGUGAUAUGAUUUUCUGAUUGUUAUACAAUGUUGCAAUUGAUAGGCACCAUAUAUUCCCCUCGAUUGUUUUCUAUAAGGGACCAGCAGUUAUCCAAUACUGUUAGGCGAUGUUAAAUGUUGAAGGAUGAUGUUGGAUGAGGUUCAACACAAAGCAAAAUGUUUCGCCUGGAACCAAGACUAUCCAACAGUUCUGGAUCAUUUUAAUGGAAGUGGCCAUGAUAAGAAACACUUGAGGAAACUCGCCAAAAAUGUUGAAUUGGCCAUUUGGAGGUUGCACCUGAGACUACGUGUUGCGUAGAACCACGUCAUGGAACUGUUUUUGGGAACGAAUUUUGACCCAGUUUCCAGCAUAAUAUGUACAGGGGGUUCACAAAGAAAGUCAAUUAACAUUUUUAUUUCUAACCACUAGAAACCUAUAAGUGAAAGACUUAUUACUCUUUUCAUUCAUACGAUUACAGGAAGCGAUUUGUCGCCAGAAGGAAUACAGGAAAUAUUAUCAGGAGUGUUUGUUUCCAGUAAUAACAAAACGCUAUAAAAAGAAAUAUGGUGGAUUGUUUCCAUUGUCCGGUAAGAAUUUCAUUUCAGUUAAUCUUAAUCUAUGGCCUCUCAAUGCAAGCCGUCCUUCGCGGCGGAGAGCGAAGAAAAGUGGCUCACAGUAGUUAAGUUUAAUUUGUUAUGCAAAAGAAAGUGUACAGCUGGCCCUAACGUCUUGACGUUUCAGUUGAAGAAAAGAUGGACCUGAUAUUGAAUCGCCUAGAUCAACUGAAAAUCCCAGCCUUCGGCGAGAACCCUUCAGUCAGCAAGGUUAGAAACAUUUUUUUAAAAAUAGAAAUAAACUCAACUUCCAUGUGACAGGCAGUUUCUCAUUUAUUAUUGUUAUUAUUGAUCCGUACUGUUCGCCAUCCCCAGGUCGCUCUGUACUCUGAGUGUUCUUGAUCUACGUAUAAAACUAAACGAAAUACUUCAAGAGUAACUCGAUCGGAACGCAAUUAAGAAAAUGAAAUCUUACCUAAAGAUUACUCCAAUAAUGGACCCCACUCAUUUUAUUGGACACAAACAUUUGAACAGUGUUGACUUGUGCUCUUCGUUUGCCGGAGUUUCAUGAAUGUUUCCUUAAUUAAAGGCUUGGUGACGUAAUGAUAGAACAGUAGCAAUUGACUCAUGGUUUGCAAGAGUACAUGACUUACAAGUUCUAAGAUUAAAUGAUAAACAAUUCGUUCUCCUGUAUGGGGCGCCGUUUGUAAAAAAAAUGAUUUAGCUUAAUUUUGUCAUUUUUUUCGUUAUUUAUUAAAUAAAGUUUUCUGAUAUGAUAUCAUACGUCAAUGAUUUGAUAUAAUAACUGUUGAUUUCAAAUCAUGCGUUUAUGAUUUGAUAUAAUUAAUUAUUAUUUAAAAUCAUGCGUUUAUGAUUUGAUGUAAUAAAUUCCGAUUUCAAAUCAUGCCUUUAUGAUUUGAUAUAAUAAAUUAUUUUUUCAAAUCAUACCUUUAUGGUUUGAUAUAAUAAAUAUUGAUUUCAAAUCAUAAGUUUAUGAUUUGAUAUAAUAAAUCCUGAUUUCAAAUCAUAAGUUUAUGAUUUGAUAUAGUAAAUCCUGAUUUCAAAUCAUAAGUUUAUGAUUUCAUAUAAUAAGUUCUGAUUUUAAAUCAUAAGUUUAUGAUUUGAUAUAAUAAAUCCUGAUUUCAAAUCAUAAGUAUAUGAUUUCAUAUAAUAAAAAUCAUUAUUUGAUAUCAGUAAAACCAUGAUUUAAUUUAAUAAGUAAUAAGUAACCGCGUGACUUGGCACGUGGGUUACUAGCGCGGGAAUAAUCGCAAAGAUGGCGACACAACCAGAUCAGCUAUCGAGGUCAAUCGCUUCUGCGGUCUCUAGAGCCGUAGAAAGGGCGGUUGACCAACCUUUGGCAUCCCUUCCGAACAUAUAUAUGCUACUGCGAUUUGUCGCCAAACCAGAGUCUCAAUGUUACGCCUGUACAAUGAUUUUUGUUCGCCAAGGACGCUUGGACCGAUGUCACUAAAUAAUAAUUUCUCCUCCCGGUGUUGAGGUGUAAAUAGCCCUUUGUUUGUCUCGAUCUCUUGUUCUCUGACGAACUGUCUUGUCGCCUCACUUUGUGAAAUAGAAACAAUCAUUAGCUGUAUGUUAUUUUAGUAUGGCUACUAAAAGGACAUAACAAAGGAAGCAAACACAUCUAAAACUAAGCCGCGCGUGUCACGCAAUGCGCCAGACAAGCGAAAGGUCCAAAAGUCCUCUUUCCCUCGUAAAUAUAGUCAUAGCUUUCCGAUUAACAUGCAAUCCCCUUAACUAAUGAUGCAGUGCAACAUAUAAGAAAUAGAUGAGGCGCUUGGAAGACAUCAAUAAUGAUUUUUUUGUUAAUCACAUCGACACACAGGUCAUCACCCCGGCAGCGACUGGGAUGCUUUAGCAGUGAUACAUCCUAGGAGGAGGGGGGGAUUUUUUUAUACUCCGUUCUAGAAAGUUCGUAAAUUGAAAUAGCCCUGUUUUUUAAAAAGAUAUUUCUUUAUUUGUUCGACUUAUACAUCAAAUAGAUGCUUCUUCAUAAUCAGCAACAAUUUUAAGCAGAAGAUAAAGCCGUGAUCCACAAUUUUUUUAUACCCCGUUCUAGAAAACGCCUCUGCAAUGGAUACCCCGUUCUAAAUCAGGAGUUUCAAAAUGACGACCCCGUUGGGCGGCACAUAUACCCGUACAGGUAAUGUAUGGGAGUACCCCCCCCCCCGGACACAUCAAUGUUACAUACCUCUUGUGUCGCAGGAGCAAAACCUGAAUUGCCAGGAAGGCUCGGAAGGGAUGCCAAAGGUUGGUCAACCGCCCUUUCUACGGCUCUAGAGACCGCAGAAGCGAUUGACCUCGAUAGCUGAUCUGGUUGUGUCGCCAUCUUUGCGAUUAUUCCCGCGCUAGUAACCCACGUGCCAAGUCACGCGGUUACUUAUUACUUAUUAAAUUAAAUCAUGGUUUUACUGAUAUCAAAUAAUGAUUUUUAUUAUAUGAAAUCAUAUACUUAUGAUUUGAAAUCAGGAUUUAUUAUAUCAAAUCAUAAACUUAUGAUUUAAAAUCAGAACUUAUUAUAUGAAAUUAUAAACUUAUGAUUUGAAAUCAGGAUUUACUAUAUCAAAUCAUAAACUUAUGAUUUGAAAUCAGGAUUUAUUAUAUCAAAUCAUAAACUUAUGAUUUGAAAUCAGGAUUUAUUAUAUCAAAUCAUAAACUUAUGAUUUGAAAUCAAUAUUUAUUAUAUCAAAUCAUAAAGGUAUGAUUAGAAAAAACAAUUUAUUAUAUCAGAUCAUAAACGCAUGAUUUUAAAUAAUAAUUUAUUAUAUCAAAUCAUAAACGCAUGAUUUGAAAUCAACAUUUAUUAUAUCAAAUCAUUGACGUAUGAUAUCAUAUCAGAAAACUUUAUUUAAUAAAUAACGAAAAAAAUGACAAAAUUAAGCUAAAUCAUUUUUUUUACAAACGGCGCCCCAUACUCCUGCAGUACCGGCGUUAGCGUUCAGUUUCACCCGUCCGUUUCAACGCCGUUAAAAUCUUCUCACCAUUAAUUGAUUAUAAAGCCUUUUUUUUUAGUCAAAUCAGUUUGGACCACCGUACUGGAAAGGAGAUCGAUCAAGUGACUCCGUCGUUCUCGAUUUGAGAUCGAGCCACGGGGUUUCGCCAGUCGACAGAGCAGAAGUCAAGAGGAAAAGUGCAAUCAUUAGCCAAGUAGAAAGGAUGGAUCCCGGCUCUUGAAGAAGGAAUAUAAUGAGUACUUCUAAUGCAAUUCUUUCG